AUGUCUUCAGCAGAAAGCAGCGUGUCAAGUGUGGACAGCCAGCCAGUUCGGGAGGUGGAAUAUCCUGUUGGCGUGGAAACUGAAGUACCUGACACAAACGGAGGCCUCUUUAAGACAGUGUUGGUCGCCGGAAGCGGUACGCGGCCUGUGAAAGGUGCAGAGGUGAAGGUGCACUACGUGGGAACACUUGAGUCAGACGGGUCAAAGUUUGACAGCAGUCGUGACCGCGGUGAUUACUUUGUAUUUACACUAGGUCGUGGACAGGUUAUUAAAGGAUGGGACAAGGGCAUUGCCACAAUGCGUAUUGGUGAGAAGGCGGUGCUUAAAUGUAAGCCGGAGUACGGCUACGGAGCGUCUGGUAGCCCGCCGAAGAUCCCAGCAAAUGCCACACUUUUGUUUGAAGUGGAACUCUUUGACUGGACGCGCGAUGAGGACAUUUCGGAGGAAAAGGAUAAGUCUAUCAUGAAAAGCAUCACUGUUGAAGGUGUUGACUAUGAGAAGCCUGGCUAUGAAUCGACGGUGAAGAUUGACCUGCGUGUUUAUUCUGGCACACAAGCGGAGGGUAAACUGUUGUGUGAGCGCCUUGGUUGGGAACUUGUUGUGGGAGAUACGGAACUUCCACCGCAACUCGAGAAGUGCCUGUCGACAAUGCGCAAGCAAGAAGUGGCAUCUUUUUGUAUCGCCAGCCGUCUUGUGCGGGAUUCAUGCGAGCCGUUUGGCAUCCACGCUGGUGAUCAGCUGACGUACAUUGUGGAACUGCACGAGCUCACUACGGUGAAGACGUGGCUGUUCAAAGAUCAGGCGCGUCUUGACGAGUGCGAGCGGCGUCGACUGGAAGGCAACACGGCGUUCCGUGACGGACGCCUCGACGUUGCGGAGCGGAAGUACCGCCGCGCUCUCGAGUUCGUUGAGUACGACAGCGGCUUCGACGAGGCCACGCAGACUGGCGCCCGCGCCGCCCGUGUUCUGCUCUGGGGUAAUCUCGCCCAGGUACUGCUGAACAAGCGGCAGUUUAAGGAGUGCGUCGAGUAUUGUAAUAAGACACUCGAGGCGGAGAGGGACAACGUGAAGGCGUUGUACCGCCGUGCCAAGGCAAACACUGCAUUGGGUGAGUGGGACGAUGCAAAGCGCGACCUGGAGCACAUUCUCACCCUCAAUGCAGAAAACACAGAUGCCAAGGUGCUCCUGCAGCACGUGCGUGAACAAUGUAAGGCGUACGAGGAGAAGCAGCGGGCUAUCUACAAGAAAAUGUUCGUCUCGUAA